AUGACCCUUUUGGCAGUGACCUCUCUCAAGGAAAUUGAAUGCAUGAACAAUUUCGAAGCCAACAAUUUCUGGACAAGUGGAUCAAACGAAGAUAAUAAUUGCAAUGUGGAGAAAAAGUACGCUUGGUGCUCGACGGGUAUCAACAUGUCCGAAAAUUUGAUCGAAACGGAAAAACUCUGGUUGCCACCCAACAACGCGAUCCCUUCUACCGCGGAGCGAUGUUUGGCCGUUUCUAUUUCCAAAGAUUCCUCGAAGCAGGGCCUGGUGCACAGAAAGUGUGACGACGCCCUGCCCUUCAUCUGCCAGUAUUCCGUCGACUGCCCAAAGAGCUGCAUCAAAGACAUCACGUGGUUAAACAGUUACCGUCAGUGUUGCGCUUUGGGAAUGGAGACGCUGAAUAUCGACAACGCUGCUGAGCAAUUGGGCCUUACUGCCCUGGCUAAGGCAAAUAAAGCUAACUGGACCGCGAAUUUCAACUACUGGACGAGUGGCACGGGUAAGGGUGCACCUGAGAAGCAGUGGUCGUGGUGCAAGCCCAAUGGACCGACAGUCUUCGCAAAGGGUCUUGUUUGGGAAAAACUCCAACCCGAUAAUAAAGGAGACAACGAGAGCUGCGUGCAUUUCCGCUUUAUUUUGAAUUCUACGGGAACCAUCAUGACAGACCGCAAUUGCGCAAAUAAAUAUAUAUUUGCGUGCAAGAGUGAUCUAAAAACUACCCCAAAACCUUGCGUUGCUUCCUGCCCAACAGAGGACUGCAAAAGAAAUCCUUCCCUAUUUGGCUACGACAGUUUGACUAGUCAGAACUUUUUACGGAAAUAUGCUCCGGAGACCUUUGGAGACUUUUGGCUCUCCGGCACUGAUCUUGGGUGCGACUCAAACUUCCGUUGGUGCACCCUGAGCCGGGACUUCGUCCACCCUGAGCUCACUUGGAAGGAGGGACACCCGAAACCCGACCUGGACUGCGUUUAUCUCGAAGUGAGGAAUGAAUCCGUGUUGCUGGCCACCGACGACUGCGCCCAUAACAAGAGUUUUCUCUGCGAAGUGAGAAAGAAGGCUACCUUCGGAAGGGCCAUGCAGACCGAAUGUGCAGAAACUUGGGACAUCACUGUUGGUGUCAAAUCUAUUAUGACGUUGGGCGACACUGAAUUCAUCAACCAGACGCACGAGGUGUGGUGUCGCAGCCGCACCCUUUUGCCGGAUGCCUUGUAUCAAGCGAGUUCCAGAUACCAAUGCGGUCCGACGUACCUCAAAACGUUAAAUAGUGUAAUUUAUGGCUGCCCACUGGAAAUAAAUGAUACCAAGAGCGCCUUUGGUAAGUCAGCAGUCACUGGAAAAGUGUACCCUGAACCUUCUAAAGUGGUUUCCGAUGUACAGACGUAUGUCUGCGAGAAACCUUAG